AAUUGCGGAAAACCCACGAACUAGGUUCCUAUUUUUCAGAACUCAAAUUGAAGCCUUAUAAUUUGCCAAACCCUAGGCCAUCCUCUUGAAAAAUUCCCGAAUAGCUCUGAGAGAAGAAGUCGAUGACUUGAUGGACCCUUCAGCAGCUGCAGUAGAACCCGACACCUACAUCUGUGGAGAUUGUGGGCACGACAACGCACUGAAGACGGGAGAUGUGAUUCAGUGCCGUGAAUGCGGCUACCGUAUUCUCUACAAGAAGAGAACCCGCAGAAGUAUGUACUCACAAUUUUUCUUUGCAUAACUUUCAGUUGUCCAAUUUCUCUUCUUUUGUUCAAGUGUAUAUUUAAUGCUCCUCCAGUCCCAGAGAAGAUUGUUUUAAUCUCUUCUUCUCGAAAAAAGAAACAAAAAUACCUUUUUUAUUAGAACGAGUUGAAUGUCACAUGUUAUUUCCCAACAAUGGUCACCUUCUUAUAUAGUUUUUUCAUGUACUCUAACAACUAAUCAGCUUAAUGACGUAAUCUGGUCAGUGCUACAGCUCUAUGGCUUUAGUGCAAAUAGCAUGAGAAUGAUGACAGUCCCCUGUUUACAUAAACCAAAUCCACUAUAUGAUCAAUUCCGUUUAGACAAGCAAAAUCCAAGAUAUGAUCUAUCAGGGGCGGAUCUACAUACACAUUGGGGGGGGGGGGGGGGGGCAGCUGCACCCAAUAAAGGUCCAGUUGUGCUACAUAAAUUAGGAGGAAAAAUACUUAGUUUAUACAUUUGCCCCCAAUUAAAAAUGAAGAUUGCCCCCAUAACCGUAGAGUCUAACGGCUAAAGUAAAUAAUUUCAGAGCUUCAUUUUUCAUCAAAGAUUAAUAGGGAGUUCAGAAGUGGAGGUUUAUAUUUUGUACUUCACGAAGUAUUUAAUUAUCAAGACUUAGAGAUGUAUUUAUUACUCUACAAGUAAUAAAUAAGCAAACUAACUUAUCCUAAUUUAUAAAAAUCUUAAUACGUAGUACAGUAGCCUAUAGGUUAAAAUUAAUUUAGUAAUAAUCUAAAAUUUUAAAUUAAUUAUAUAGUAACGUAAAUAACACUUUUAUCGAAACAUAAAACUAACUAUAAUCUUCAUCCCAUAAUGUAAGAUACAUGUAAUUUGGUGUGAGUUUUAAAAAAAUAAAGAAUAAAAUUAUUAUUUAACAAUUGUAACCUCCACAAAGUAAGAAAAGGUAAGAUGAGUUCAUAAAAGGUAAAAAGUGAAAUAAUAGAUAAAUAGAUAAAGUGAUAAAAUGAAAAGUUAGUGGAGUGUUCAAUUCAAAAAAAAAAAUCAUAUAUUUGGGACAAUAAACCGAAAGCAUCUUACAAAGUGAAAAAAGUGCAUACUAAUUACUAAUGUAAUUAUCACUAUUAGGUUAAGUGGUUAACAUAUUACUAAUAUAGCUAGCACGAUUAAAAUGUUGUUUACGUUGAUAAUGUGCUAACACAUAGAAGGAUUGGUAAUAUAAAAGUCUUGGUGAUCUUUAGUUACGUUCUUUUAACAAAAGAAAUCUUUCACAUCCUUUGGUAUAUAUGCUUUCAAAGUUUAUUUUGGCUUUGCCCGUUGCCGUGCAACUUUCAAAGAUGCUUUUGUCGAAUGAAAACAGUUAAACUAACUUGCCUUACAUAAACCCGGUACGGUGAUCUACUUUUGAAUGAUUAUUUAGUUUCUUUUAUUUGAAACAAUUACAAACGAAACUAUAGUAAAUCACUUUCAAAAGAUGAAAAUCGAUGAUAGUAGUCGGAUCCUGCCCCCAAUACAUCGUAUUUCUAGAUCCACCACUGUGAUCUAUUUAACUGCAUAUGGUUUGAAAAUUUAACUAAAAUUCAUUAACAGUCAAAGUUACUAAGUAUUAUAUCAUCCAAGUAUUUAUUCUCUUUGUUAUUCUAAAUGACAAAGUCUAAAUGACCAAAAGUUAACAGUCUAAAUGACCUAAUAGUUGUAUCGACAAAAAAAUAGUAUAUACUAAGUAUUAUAUCAUCCAAGUAUUUAUUCUAUCAUGUUUCUACUUAAAACCCGGGAAUUGGGGGAAUAAAUCCAACUCCACCAAAUGGUCAUUUUCCCGUUGCUGAUCUUUCCCUGUCGAAAUCCUCCCUUUCGAAAUUUUCCCACAUGGUAACUGCUCAUUUUCAUUUUCACCCUGUCGAAAUCCUCCUUGCAACUCAUUUUCAUUUUCAGCUUGUUUAAAUUCCUCUAAUCUAAUCUGACCGAUGACAUCUUCAAUAUUAGCGGCUUCUCUUGUGCAGCCGAUUAUUGUGGACUCCCCAUCUUUUUUUUUAAUUGCGCAGAGUACAAAAUCCUUCAGUUGUUCCUACAUUUAGAAAGGCGUGAUGGAUUAGUUUAAAGUCAACAAAUUGGGGCAAAAGUAGGGGGUGGAUUGAUUUUUUACUUUACUGCUUUAGUAAAAAGCUUUUUUCAACUCUAACAAAUGAAGAAGAAUAAGAAAGUAGAAAAAAGAUAAGCAAGGGACCAACUAAAAGAAUCGUUAUGUAUUUUACACUAGGUUAGUGUCUGGUGAUUGAAUUUAGGGAAAUAGACUUUAAUAGGACUAAAACAAGAGCUCAAGCGGUAAAUAAGACCUCAAACUUUUUAAAUCCUAAAUAGGACUAAUUUUGAAUCGAAGGGACAAAUUUGCCCUUACUAAUAACGUUUCUAGACCGCAGCAAUCUUGCUGCCAAUUAAAGUGCCAACAUAAGUAGCUUACUUUCAGCAACCAUGACUAUUUCAGUCACUCCAUCUUUUACUGCCGAUCUGUGUCAAAUUAUUGUUGGAGUGGUCACCGGUGCGAAGCAUCACCCAAGUGGUCACCGGAGUGUCCUUUUCCUCUUGUUCUUCCUCCCGACCUCUUCUUCUUCUCUCUCGUUUUCUUCUACUUCCCCUCUUUAAUGAGUAUCUUUAUAAGUAAUUGCCCUAUAUAGGACUAAAAGAGGGGAGAAAUUCUUAAAUAGGACCAUAUGUGUUUUAUUCCCCAAAUAAGAUCAUAUUACUCCUAUUUUGAAACCUACGUAAUUUCUCGUUCCAUUUUUAUCCCUCUUUAACGGAUCGAGAAUCAUCCCUGCGCAGACCCCUAUCUAAAAAAAUAACUUUAGCAGAAAUGCCAAAUAUGAUUUUGUCAUUAAAUUCUUAUUUCUGUUAAAGCUAUUGUUCUAUUUUUUUUUUUGGUUUUUUAAAAAUUUAGUUGUGGAGGAGGGUGCUGUGGUAGGCGUGUGACGGCCAACAGUAUCACCUAGUCACAUCACAUGACAUGAAUCGAAAUAUGAAAAUCGCUAAUGCUAGGUCGUCACCCGUAAGUGACGCGUCAUCCCUCCGUCUGGGGGUGGUGUCAAAUAUGCAAGGGCGCGCUACACUUGAUAGACCUGGGUGUGGUGAUAAGAAUGCUAAGGUUGCUAGGUCGCCGCCCAGAAGCGGCGCGUCAUCCCAUUGCCCGGGGAUGAUGUCAAAUAUGCAAGGGCAUGGUGGGGUCCGAGAUGGGGCUAAGAACAGAAGGUGGAAUGCUAGAUUGCGUUUUGGGACAUGGAAUGUUGGGUCUCUUACAGGGAAAUCUUCUGAGGUAGUCGAGGUUAUGAGCAGAAGGAAUAUCAGCAUUAUGUGUGUGCAAGAAACUAAAUGGGUUGGACAGAAAGCACGCGAGAUUAAUCCCGGAGGUUUUAAGUUGUGGUAUUCGGGGAGAGAUAAGACUAGAAAUGGGGUAGGCAUUAUUGUGGCACGUGACUAUGUUGAGGAUGUGGUAGAAGUCUUCAGGAAGAACGAUCGCAUCAUGAGCAUUAAAUUGGUGAUAAGAGGUGAGAUUGUGUCUGUGGUAAGUGCCUAUGCACCACAAGUGGGAUUGGAUGCAUCUACAACUCAACAGUUCUGGGAAGAUCUUGAAGACGUGGUGCGACGAGUGCCAAGGGGAGAGAAGUUGAUCAUAGGAGGUGACCUCAAUGGGCAUGUGGGCUCGAGUCGUGAUGGCUUUGAGAAUAUUCAUGGCGGACAUGGUUUUGGCACUAGGAAUGAGGCGGGAAAGAACAUUUUGGAUUUUGCCUUGACGUAUGAGUUGGCUAUAAUGAACACUUGGUUUAAGAAAAGAGACUCUCACCUUAUAACCUAUAAAAGUGGAGCUAAUAGUACCCAAAUUGACUACUUCUUAGUACGGACCACUGGGAGAACUAGCUACACUGAUUGUAAGGUUAUUCCAGGUGAGAGUGUUGUCACUCAGCAUAGGAUGCUUGUGCUUGACUUUCGAGGUAAGAACCAUAGAAGACAAGUUAAACAACAAGUGGAGCCAAAGAUAAAGUGGUGGAGGCUAGAGGGAGAUCUUCAACAAAGUUUUACACACAAAAUGGUCGGUGAAGAUGUAUGGCGUAUUGAUAAUGAAACACAGGUGGAUGAUGUGUGGUUAUCAAUGGAGUUGACCAUUAACAAAGUGGCAAAGGAGGUACUUGGAGAAUCUAAAGGAUGUCGGCCACCUAAAAAGGACACAUCUUGGUGGAAUGAUGAGGUGAAACAAGCCAUAAGGAACAAAAGAGAUUGCUACAAAAAGUUGGGGACAAAUUGGAGUGAUGAGAACAUAGAAGCAUACAGGGAGGCUAAAAGACAAGCAAAGAAAGCCGUAAGGGAAGCACGAGGGAAAGUGAACAAGGAGUUGUAUGAAAAGUUGGACUCUAAGGAAGGAGAACUAGAUAUUUAUAGACUUGCUCGCCUUCGUGAUCGCAGAACUCAAGAUAUUGCAAAAGUUAAGUGUGUGAAGGAUGUUGAUCAGAGGAUAUUAAUGGACGACGGAGAGAUAAAAGAGAGGUGGAGGUCAUACUUUGAUACACUAUUCAACGGGAACAAAACGCAAGAUAUCGGCGAUUUGUCCAUACCAGAUUGUAUGGUUAACCGUGAUUUUGUGAGAAGAAUCCAAACAACAGAAGUUAAAGAAGCUAUGAGGAAGAUGGGACGGAAAAGAGCAAUGGGGCCAGAUGGCAUACCGAUCGAGGCUUGGAGAAGUUUGGGAGAAAGAGGCGUCGAGUGGUUAACAAGUUUCUUCAACAUGAUUUGGAGAAACAACAAGAUGCCAACGAGUUGGAGGAAGAGUACUCUUAUCCCUUUAUUUAAGAAUAAAGGUGAUGUACAAGAAUGUGCCAACUAUCGAGGGAUUAAGCUUAUGAGUCACACCAUGAAACUUUGGGAGCGAGUGAUUGAGCAAAGACUUCGAAGGACUGUGAAGAUUUCAGAGAAUCAAUUCGGUUUUAUGCCUGGUCACUCAACAACUGAGGCUAUUCACCUUCUUCGUCAACUUAUGGAGAAGUAUAGAGAUGCUCAUAAGGAUCUGCAUUUGGUGUUCAUUGACUUAGAAAAGGCAUAUGAUAGGGUACCUCGAGAAGUUCUUUGGUGGGCCUUAACUAGGAAAGGCAUAUCACGCAAGUAUAUCAGCAUCAUCAUGGAUAUGUAUGAGGAUUGUACUACAAGUGUUCGUACUAGUGUAGGGAGGACUGAAGAGUUCCCUAUUACUAUCGGAGUGCACCAAUGAUCGGCCUUGAGUCCUUUCUUAUUUGCCAUAGUCAUGGAUGAACUUACGAAGUCAAUUCAAGACGAUAUACCGUGGUGCAUGAUGUUUGCCGACGAUAUUGUAUUGAUUGAUGAGACGCAAUCAGGUCUUAAAGCAAAGUUGGAAGUAUGGCGACAAACAUUGGAGAAUAAGGGUUUCAAACUAAGUCGGAGCAAGACAGAGUACAUGGAGUGCAAGUUUGGUGGAGGUAGAAGUAGUGGUAAUAGCGGAAUUACUCUGGAUGGUAAGGAGAUACCAGUCAGCGAUAUGUUCCGUUAUUUGGGCUCCAUAAUUCAGAAGGACGGUGAGUUAGAUGGAGAUGUAUCCCAUAGAAUCAGAACAGGGUGGAUGAAGUGGAAGAGUGCGUCAGGAUUUCUAUGCGAUCGAGGUAUGCCGACUAGACUGAAGGGUAAAUUUUAUAGGACAACAAUUAGGCCUGCAUUACUGUAUGGCGUAGAGUGUUGGGCGGUGAAACAAUGUCACAUUCAAAAGAUGAGUGUGGCAGAGAUGCGCAUGCUGCGUUGGAUGUGUGGGCAUACUAGGAAGGACCGCGUGAGGAAUGAGACAAUCAGACAAAGGGUGGGAGUAGCACCUAUUGAAGACAAGAUGCGGGAGUCGCGCCUACGGUUGUUUGGUCAUGUGCGUAGAAGACCGAGUGAUGCACCUGUUAGGCGAGUUGAGAUGUGUGGAGAAGAGGCAGGAAAGAGAGGGAGAUGAAGACUCAAACAGACGUGGGUUAGGGGAGUUCGAAGUGAUAUGCUUCUUCUGGGGUUGGAUGAGGGCAUGACUUUGGAGAGAACUAAGUGGAGGGCGGGUAUUCACGUGAAGGAGUGAUCUUGAUAAUCUUUUUCCCUCCUCUUUUUUUUCCUAGUUUUUUUAUCCUUAUAUAUAUAUGCAUUAUUUGCAACCUUUUUAUUUUAUCAUUUUUAUAUAUAUUCAUCUUUUUUAUAUUAUCUUUUCAUAAUAGCUUAUCUUUUUAUCUUUAUUCCUUCUUUUCCUUUUGGUUGUGAUAUCAUGUAUCGAUUCAUGUUAGCCGACCCCAAUAUCUUUUGGGACUAAGGCUUGGAUGUUGUUGUUGUUGUUAAAAAUUUAGUUGUGGACUUCAUAGUUUGCCAAAAUUAUGGCAGUUUUGUGUAAAUAAGUCAAGAUAAAUCUGCCAAAUUUAUGGCAGAUCUGAAAAUUUGUUUCCAAGGCAGAUUUGUCAGUUCUCUUCAAGGUCAAAUCUGCCAACUUAAUGGCAAAUUUACGGCAGUGGGCUAUGACAGCGGCGGUGGUGCUCGGAUGUGAAGUGGUGGCCUUGGAUUGAACACUGGCGGCAAUGACAAGGAUAGGAUGGCGGCGGCGGAGGGGGAUGGCGAUGCCGUUUGGGCAGCAACGGAUGGCAACAAUGCGCCAGCAGGGAUGCGAUAGGGGGUCGACGAGGCCGGCGGCGGUAGUCGACGGCGGCAGCGAGGGUAGCGGUAGUCGGCGGCGGUGGGCGGCUCUGACUCUGGCAUGCUGCUGCUAGCAGUUGACACUUUAGGGUUUCAACAGUUUUUUAUUUUUCAUUUUCAAAAUCAAAAAAUUAAAACAAGGUUAUUUUUGUCCAACUAAGUUGAAAUUGGUCCUAUGAAACUUGUGUUUCGUUUAUAGUCCUAAAUGUGCAAUUAACUUUGCUAUUAGUCCUAUUUGAGGCAUUAACUCUAUCUUUAUGGUGCUAUCUUUAUGGUGCGCUGAAUGUUGGUGGCCUUUUGUCCUGAAUUUACUUUUUGUUUUUGUUCUACUUUUUCUCUUACUUUUCAAUUUAUUAAGGAGUAUUGCUUUUGCUUUUCUAGUUUUUUAUAUUACUUUUCAAAUUCAUCAAAUAAAUUUAAUUUUCUGCAAAAAGUUAAUUAUGUCUUUUGACAAAUCUUUUUUAUUGGUAAUGAAAUGAAACACUAUCAUGUUUGUAAUGUCAAUAUUAAUAACCCUCCGGUCAAUAUUAAUGUUUCUGCUGAUGCUUUGGGAGAUGCUGCUAUGGGCCAUCCUGGAAUGCUGAAACGGGUUGAUUUCUUUAAUAAGGUGUCUAAAGCAGAGCAGACCGGAGUUAAUUACAGUGAUAUCACAAUCACAAAUAUUAUCAAUAUAAAUAUUGUCACAAUAAUUAAUGUCAUACGUAGUAUUAUUUUUGUUAUGAGAAUGUUAAUUUUAUAAUAAAAGUCAAAAGAAUGUCAUAAAAAUGUAUAAAAGUGUCAUAAAAAUGGAUAAAAAUGUCACUGGGUUAAGAAAAUGUCACAAUGGCAAUGUCAUUGUCGAUAUUAUAAUAGCAUCUUCAAUAGUAAAACGUUAACGGUGCAUACGUGGCACGAGAGAUAGCCAAUGAAAAAACAAUAAAUAGAAUAUCUCUCUCCUUAUUUGAAGGAUCUUAUAUCCUUUUGGUAAGUUUUUCUUCACAAUGUCAAGCACAAUGUCUAGAUGUAGACAUUGUGGUUGACAUUGCAGGGAAAAACUUAACAAAAACACAUAAGACCGUGGAAAGAUGGAGAGAGAUGUCAUAAAAUCAAUCUUUUGUGUCUAUCUCUCUCAUGUCACAUGUGCACCGUGCACAUUGUAGCAUUGGAGAUGCUCUAAAAUGACAUUGUAAUUAUGACAAUGUCAACAACUAUUAUGACAAUGUCAACAACUAUUAUGACAAUGUUAAUUUUAUAAUAAAAAAGUCACAAUGUCGAAAAAAUGUCGUGAUGUCAAUUAAUCACAAUGACAAUGUCAUAAAAAUGUCAUACAAAUGUCAAUAAUAAUGUCAUAAAAAUGUCAAUGACAAUGUAAUAAGAUUGUCAAAAAUAACUUUGACAACCCAUAACUUUGAAAAUCCCAGAGAAGGCUACAAGUUAUAAUCAAUGUCACAACAUAUAUAUAUCACCUAAAUCCAAAAGAGGCCAUACCAAUCAGUAACAACAAUGUCCUUGCGUUGUGUGAAUGAAAAACUAAACUUAAAGUUACAAAUUAAAAAUAAAUUAUGAAUCAAAAAGGUAAUAAUAAUUAAAAAAGGUAAAUUAACCUGGAAACUAAAGUAUUACUCCGUAUUAAUUAUUAAACAAACCAAAGCCUGCUGCAGGUGCAAUUUGAAAUAGGAAAUACGAAAACAAGAAACAUUAAAAAACAAAUUAAACAAACCAAAGCACUGGAGGUGCAUGCAAUUUAAAAAAGGAAAUCAGAAAACAUGAAACAUUAACAAACAAAUACAAAACCGAAGGAAUCACACGGGUAAACAAACCGAACAAAGAAAAGUGAUGGAAGAAAAGAAAGAAAGCGAGCAGCGAGCCUGCAGAGAGGGAAGAAAAGCAGGGAGAAGCGGAGGAGGAGUCAAGGAGGAGAAGAGGAGAAGAAAGAGAGAUUAGCUGUGAAAUCUUCGUCGACGCCUCCCUACACUUCUCCUCUUCGCCGUCCGUCGUUUCUUUCAAGGUUGGUUCACUUCAUAGCUUCAGAUUUGAUCUGGUUUUUCAGAUUUCCCCGUGAACCAAAGGAGGGCUUGAAAAGAGACGGUAAAGACAUCGGUGCAUUAUUAGGGGCAAAUAUGGAACACCGGGAAAAAUAAGUCCUAUUUAAGAAUUAAAAUCAUUUAGGUCCUAUUUAGAUACAUGGAGUAAUUUUUAGUCCUAUACGGAACCAUUUCUCUUGAAUAGUUUUUUCAAACAUUAAGUCCACUAUAUUGGAAUGCAUGUUCCGACUUGGAGUAUUUUGUGGCAACAAAACAUGGUAUUAAGUCGUCUAUAAAGCUCAAUAUGUCGGUCUGUUAAUUGGGCACCUGUAAGUAUUUGAACACAAGUAAAACCUAUGGAUUCAAAUUUUGCAAAUAAAAUAUGGGAAUUCAAAAUCAUUUUUUUGAAUCUAAUUUCCUACUAUCUUAGAAACUCCAAAGUAGACCGGGUCAAAUUUAUCUCCGGCUUCCUUUGAAAAAAUAUAUACUAUAUACUACAGAGUAUUAUAUUCUUUAAAUACACACCUAAUUGAGCACUCUAUUAGGAUUGUUUAAUCUAAUUUAAACAUUCACAUCGGAUGAUGCUAUGUAUAAUAACAAUAAUAAAUAAAAAAGAAGGUUCAGGUGAUCUCUCUUUAUUUCUACCAUUCACAUCGGAUGUGUUUGGCAAAAUCGACGUACCAUUUUAUGAGCAAUUAUUAUUUCUAUUUUUUCUUUUUAGUUUGGAUCUCCAAAGUGGGAUCUUCAACUUUUUGAAUCUCUAUUUAUUAUCAUUUGAAAAAAAUUAUUAAACUGUUGUACUCAAUUUAUAGUUUAGUUCUUACUGAAACUUGACAUUAUAUAAUAAUAUUCAAUGUGAUCAUCCCAUAUUUUUUGUAUUAAACAUUGAAAGACUUUGUUUUGUAUGUAAAAAGAUUAAUUUACAAUCAUUUACUCUGUAUAAUUUACAUACGAAACAUGUACACCCUAUUUCACAAACAAGAGCACUAUUAUUAUUACUUUCCACAAACAUGACUUGUUUCUAAAAUAGAUUUACCAAGACACGAGUUUUACAAUUAACAUAAUUAAUAGAUUAUUGAUUAUUAGUAAAGCUUAUAAGAAAAACAUAUUUCAAAUUUUAAUUUGAGACAAACUUUAUAAUAUAUAUUCUAUAUAGAAAAAUUAUUUAGUAUAUUACUGAAUAAAGAGAUUGUCUGAAUAGUGACUCAUAGUUUCUCCAUUUUUUAGUAAUAACUUUGCACUUUGGAUUUGACACUUACAUUAUUCAUUUUGAUUGCACUUUAAUUAUUAAUGUACAAAUAAUUAGUAUAUAUAAAAUAUUAUAAAACUUUUCUCAGAUUAAAAAUCUUAUUUUUUUAUUAUUGUUACUAAUAGCAGUUAAAUAUGUUAAUCCUUAAAGCUAUGUGUUGAAAAAUAAAAAUAAGUGUUGCAUCAACAUAGACCAGAAGCAAUAUUAUAUAUUUAACAAAUGGAUGCUUAAAAUGUUAAUUGUUUCCUCACAAACGCUUAAUAUCUUAAAUUAUUAUGUAUUUAAGAUCAUGAGUUUGCAUUAUGAAAAAAACAUAUGUUCUUGCUAGUUGCUACUAACAUUACUUUUUGUAUAAAAACAAUGUCAUUUUUAUAUAGCAUUGACAUUGUGAAAUUUUCUUGACGUGUGACAUCUUUUUCAUACAUUAUAAUACAUUUUCAAUAAUGUUAUUUCUAUCGAAGCAAUGUAAUUUUUUAUAUCAAUGUCACUAUUUUUAAGAAUGUCAUUGCUAUUAUGUUUUUACAACAUUGACAUUGUCACAUUGUCAUUAUUGCAAUGACAUUCUCUUGACUAGAUGACGUUUUUAUAACAUUGUCAUUGUCACGAUAACAUUCUCACGUUAUGUCAUUUUUCCUGACAUUAUAAUAUAUUAUCAAUAUUGUGUUUUUCAUUAAAAAUUAAACAAUGUACUCCACAUUUUUUAUUGCUCAAACAUUGUAUUUAACAUUGUAUUGUUAUAGCAUUGUGACUGACAUUGCCAUUAUUUGAUAUUGUGAUAUUUUUCCGACAUUGUGACAUUUUUAAACAAUGACUUUAUAUUACAUUAUCAUGUCAUUGUAAUUAUUAAUACUACGAGUAUAAAUACUUUUUGACAAUGUAACUCAAUGUUUUUGUCCAAAAUAAUGCAACAAAAUCCAGCAAAAUAAAAACAUUGUUAUUAACAUUAAAUUUGCCAAAAUAAAUAAUGAUAUGCGGUUCCAAAUAUUAAUUUAUUUGGAUGAACUUGCAAAAUCAAACAUUAAAUAAGAAAUUGGAAAGUAAAACAACAAGAACGUAGAUAGCAAUGUAUGUAGCAUAAGUGCAGGACUGGCGAAGAAGACAGAACACCAAGGAAGUGGUAAAACUGAAACUGGACAUUGAAGAAGAAUAAAAAGGAGAAGGAAAGAAGAAGGAAGCAGGAGAAGGAAUUGAAGACCAAGGAAGUAGAAGGGGCCCACUACAAAAAAAUUGCCAUUUACCAACGGUAGAUUAUACGAACAGAGGAUUACCGUUGAUAUAGAAUAUCUAUACUUACACUUUAUCUCUUCAGUUGAUUAUUAUAAUAUGAAUACCCACGCUUUACUAACAAUGUUGGUAUAUUUUUUAAAUUUCCUACCAUUAAUUUAUUUUCGUUGGUAUAGUGACUGAAUAUACCAACAUUUAUAAGUAAAACCGUAAGAACAAGUUUGACCUAUUAAUUUUGAAAAAACUACAAAGACUUAAAUAAUGGAUCCUAAUACAAAUUACUCGUUUGAUCUUCCUGCUCUAAAAGUUCUAUUAUAUCCAACGAUUAGAUUUUGCGGAACCUACUAAUAAAGGAAAACAAAACCCUAGACAUGGGAGAACUGUGUGCAUGUUUCUGCUCAUGUUUCUGCUCAUGUUUUUUACUGUGUAUCCAUCGACCAGAUGAAAUGAAGGUUUAUCACACCGUAAUUCUAUUACUGUUUCUACUUUGUAUCUUUUUGCCUUAUUUAUAAAGGCUAAUUGCUUUCCGUGGUAGCCGGGUGGAUUUUAGGGUUCAAGGUUUUGGCGUUCUUUUUAUUUUUUUCUUGUUAUAACAAAUUUGACUUUUCUAAUGUCCACUGUUGUUCAUUGAGAGCUUUUCUUCCCAAUAGACCUAUAUUUCUAUUCUUUGCGGCACUGGGGUAAAUGAAAAUGAAAUGAAAUGAAGACCUAUAUUUCUAUUCUUGGAUAUGGUACUUGUCCUUUGGACGAACUAUUACUGAAAUAUUUAGCAGACUGAGCUUGGCAGAAAACCACAACUAUUGAGAUUCUGAAAGCAUGAAGUAUUGACUGAAAGAUUAUGGCUUAUCUGAGUUUUGUGGUUUAGUCAAAAAGCAAUUGAUUAGGCGAGUUUUAUAGCAUGUUCCUGAAAAUGUGUUCUUUUUUUAAGAGCGGAAAAAAUGUACAUAUAAAAAAUGUAUGCAGUCAUUUCUUGUGAAGGCACAAGAAGCAAGCAGCUAGGUGCCUAGGUGCCUGAUCCAAAUCUCAGAAGCUCCUGCAUGCUAAUGUAAGGUUUUUUCUGACAUUGUUUCUAGGACAGCGGAAAAUUUUCGGGCCCUUUGCACAUGUAUCUUCUUUAAGUGCGCUUCUAGCAUCUCUGUUCUUGGUUGGUUUCUAUUGUUGCUCAGAGUUACCGCCUUGCUGAUUGGGACCUCAAGAGUAACUAGGAUUGACCAAAUUUAGUCUAGUUUGCCAUUGCAUUGUGUGAUUUUUUUGAACAUUGAUCUUAUUUCUGAAAUAUGUGGCAUUUUAAAUUGUUGAAUGAUGUAAAUGGAUUGUGCAGUUUAAGUGCAGCCCCACCUUUAUGUGAGUUAUGCUUUAUUAUUCAUUUAACUAAGAAUCUUUUUAAUUUCAGGUUUUUCAAGAUUUCGGACUAAACAUGGAAGCCUUGGACAACAACUUGAACUUUAUGCUCUUUUCAUUUAGGUUAUUUUAUACUGCACACCAUGUAUUUGGAUUAUUAGUAUGGAGAAAUCUAUAUUUCCUAUCCUGUAAAGAAAUAAUAUUAUUACUCGAUGGUAUUUUUUCUAGUACAGAAGUACGGUGUUAUUCACUUUGUUAUUAUUUAUUUGGG